GUCGGUAACCAGUCACCAUGAGAGAUCUGAAGGAUCUUCGCAAAACGUGCGGAUGUAGUAAUACAAAUCCACGUUAGAACAGUGGGGUUGCGUGGACUGCCCCGGGUUCGAAUGGUACAAGGCUGCUUUCGUGCAUCUGCUGUCACUCCACAGUCAUUUGCCGGCCACAAGAUCUUAAUUGCGACAAACCCAAACCUGUCUAAUCGUCCCCUUCCUCGAUAUUUCUCCCGCUUUAAGACAGCCAUGUGUAAUGAUACCGAAGCUGUUACCAAUCCCACUGCCAUUGAGGCAGAAGCUGACGAUUAUGCGUACGACUCGGGCUUCGGAGAAGACUUCAACAGUUCCACGGCGUCGAUUGGAUCGAGUAUUAUGAAAUAUCGCGAGGAAAAUGGCAGGACAUACCACGCUUACAAAGAAGGCAUCUACGCUUUCCCAAACGACGACCCAGAAGCCGAUCGAUUAGAUCUACAGCACCACCUUUACAACCUAACUUUCGAGGGGAAAUUGUUCACCGCUCCUAUUCCGAAGGAGAAGAAGUUCAAUCGUGUCUUGGAUGUUGGGACAGGGACUGGGAUAUGGGCCAUCGAUUUUGGAGAUGAGCACCCUGAAGCGACUGUUCUUGGUAUUGACUUGAGUCCAAUACAACCAAGCUUCAUCCCACCAAACGUCACUUUUCAAAUAGACGAUGCAGAAGAACCAUGGACAUACUCCUAUAAGUUUGACUUCAUCUACAGCCGCAUGAUGACAGCCUCCUUCAAAGACUGGCCCAAAUUCUUCGAGCAAACCCUCAAUUUCCUAACACCCGGCUCCUAUCUCGAGCUCUCCGACCUUUGCUUCCCCAUGAAAUCAGAUGACGGGACUCUCUUACCCACCUCAGCCAUCACAAAAUGGAGCAACCUAUUCCUCGAAGCGGCAGAAACGGCGGGCAGGAUCAUCAAUAGCGCAAAGUUCUACAAGACGCAGAUGGAAGCGGCUGGAUUUGUGGAUGUGGUGGAGAAGGUGUAUAAAUGGCCUACUAAUCGCUGGCCUAAGGAUAAGAAAAUUAAGGAUUUGGGAAUGUGGAAUCAUGAGAAUAUCACGCCUUCACUUGAAGGGCUUAGCAUGGGGCUGUUCACGCGAGUCUUGGGCUGGCAGAAAUUAGAAGUGGAUGCAUUUUUGGCGCAAGUGAGGAAUGAGAUGAAGGAUACUAGGAUCCAUGCUUAUUUUCCAAUAUAUGUUGUUUAUGGAAGGCGGCCUGAAGAAUGACGUGAUUGAGGUUCUGCGUUAGGCUGGAGAGAGCGUGAUGGUGAAUUAAUAUUCCCUUAAACGUUCACUUUCUGGAAAUUUGGAAAAAGAUUCGAUAUUCACUCAAUGAUUUCGAGAAAGCAGGAGUCAAAGAGAUAUCCACCUCGGUUUUAAUCUCUUGCAAGAAGCUAUAAAAAAAAACGGUCCCUCAACGUACUUCUCUUCUACCCAAGCCCAAUCAGUUCCAAGAAAGUCAAGGUGGCGGGGAGUUGAGUUGUCCUGCCUAUUGCUGAGCCUCGGCGCAUGCUACGUCUUGGGGCAAGUUG